UAUGCUACAUGCUGCGUAAGAACAAGUAAUUAAAAGCAUUUGCCGUUUAAAAAUGGGAAUGAUGCCAUGCUGUGAGAAGGUAGGGUUGAAGAAAGGACCAUGGACACCAGAAGAAGACAACAAGCUCGUUGCUUAUGUUCAAAAGCAUGGCCAUGGAAACUGGAAUUCAGUGCCUGCCAAAGCGGGUCUUCGAAGAUGUGGAAAGAGCUGCAGGCUGAGGUGGAUUAACCACCUCAAACCUGAUAUAAAACGAGGGAACUUUAGCUUCUCAGAAGAUCGCACCAUUAUUCAACUUCAUGCUCUUCUUGGAAACAAGUGAGCUAUGUUUUGGAUUUGAUGAGUUUUUUUAUAUUGUUAGAAUGGUAAAUAUUAAUAUGAAACAACCACAUUAUUUCUUGUCAUUGUUUUCCAACUGUCACAA